CUGCAGCGGAUGUCUCGCCUCCUCGUGAAUUAACAAAAGCUUUGAGAGGGUAUCCCAGCAUCGCCCGGCUGUCUCCCGGGGAAACGUCCCGGGUAAACAAGAGCGAAUCUCCGCGCAACCGGGCGUCAGCAGCAGCAGCAGCAGCCCUCGGCUCGUGUUGUGAUUGCUAGCGCGCGCGACACGUCCAUCCACCUCAGAGCAAGACAGAGCUCUUUUCCAAAAAGAAAGUUUCUUACAUUGAGUCACCAUUUUAAAAGUCAAGUGGCUAAAUAGGUUAUGAACUUUACAGUGGCUUAAACUUGUUUGGUUGACAAGCUCAAGGGCUGUGAGUGAUGGACAGAAAAGGAAACACGCGGCGCGCCACUUCGGCUGGGUACCGUUUACCGGACCGACCCAACGGUCCCCUCGCCUCUCAGUCCUCGGUCUCUGUGUUCAGGAAUUCAGCGGGCAGGACACGAAACACCGGUGACACACCGACGCAAGGCGAUGAUACCCGAGACCCGGUAAAGCAAGACCAGGUUUGGAAAGAGUUUGUGCGCGCGGAGCGAACCGGUAUGAAAGAAUGGGAGAAGAACUGGAGUUUCCUCAUGAACUUUGACCAGCUGGGUCAUCCGCGUACAGAAACUUCUCUCCCCAGCUCUGGGUCUUUAUAUUCAGACAGAGUCCCAAACACCAGUAACCAAAUGUUCGGCAGCGGCCUGUACACCGAGUUGGGCAAGGAGAUGAUUCGCCUGGACAACCUGCUAAUCCUGACAGCGAACCACCGCAAGGCCAAAAGGAAUCCAGAGAUGCAGCCCUGCUGAGGUUUAACAGACACAAGAUGUUAAAAACAGUGUAGCAGAGAUUUGAUCCCUUCUCUUGUCUUGCUUUUAUACUCAAGAGUGUUCAGUGGGUAACAGUUUGUUUUCUGGAUGUAUUUUUGGAUGUGUAUGUGUCUUUGCUGUAUGUUUUGGCAGUGUAUCGAGAGCUUUUUUAUUAGAUUUUGUGUUGACAUUAAUAUGCAUCUCUCUGAGUACUUUAAUAUGCUGGUGGAGGCAGUAAAGAUGACCCUAUAUUUAGAAUAGACUAUUU